CUCCCGCUCCAGACCCGGAGAUCAUGGUGGUGCUAAAGGGCGUUCCGGCGCUGCUGUCCCCUGAGCUGCUCUACGCCCUGGCGCGGAUGGGGCACGGCGACGAGAUCGUUUUCGCAGACGUGAACUUCCCCACCGCCUCCAUAUGCAGGUGUGGGCCGGAGGAGAUCCGCGCUGACGGCCUGGGCAUUCCACAGCUCCUGGAGGUUGUGCUGAAGCUGCUGCCACUGGACACCUACGUAGAGAGCCCGGCUGCUGUCAUGGAGCUGGUGCCCGGUGACAGGAAGAUCGGCCUUCAGACCCCGGUGUGGAAGAGCUACGAGUCCAUCCUCCUGGAGGCCAGCUGUGCGAGCGCCCUGGCGAAGAUAGAGAGGUUUGAGUUUUAUGAGCGAGCCAAAAAGGCUUUUGCUGUUGUAGCAACUGGGGAGACGGCCCUUUAUGGAAACCUCAUCCUCAAGAAGGGGGUACUGGCCCCCGAGGCACUGAUCUAGGCCUGGCGAAGACCCCUGGGCCCAGAGAGGAAUCUGCAUCUCUGGGCCAGAUCACGGACAAACCGGCCCUGUCCUGCUCAGCCCAGACCGCCCCCAACUGGGGACCCCGGGGGGCCAGGCCAGUCUUUGGGGGGUAGGGGGAGGUGCUGCUGAUGGGGACUGGGACUCACCCAAUUUACAAUAAUGAUGUGAAGUGUGGUGACUCGUCUCUGAAGUCAGAGGUUUCAACAACAGCCCCGUCCUCAUAAAGACUUGUUCGGUGCCGAACACGAGGGAGGCCACUGGCUCCUCAGCGCGCCCCCCACCCCCAUGCAUCCUCAGGGAGGAAGGAAGGCCUCUCUCCUCCCUAAGGUCCGAGGCAGGUCCCUGGGUUCGGGACAAGAGCUCACAGGAGUAGAGGUCCUCUUGUGAGGAGACCCCACAGAGGGCUGGGCUGGGCGGCCACGACUGCACUGCGAGAGCCUGGGGGUGAGCAGAGCAGCUGCCCAGGGGCCCUGAGUGGAGGGUCUGCAGUAACCCCCAGAGCUGGGGGUGGUGGGCAGGGGUCAUUCUGGGUGCUGGGGAGGGUGGGGAUCGGUCAUCUGUUCCCUCUCUCCAGUGGUUGAGUGCCUAUUGAAUACACAGGAGCCCGAGCUGUUCUGGGAAAUGGGCUGGUGGGGGUGGGGAGGUGAAGGACAGGAGGACGUCCCUUGCGUCCCUUGCGUGGCCAGCAGGCAGAGGGCCAGACUGCCUGAAGGCAGCACGCGGAAGGGAGGCUGUGAUGGCUUCAGCAUGAGGCUUGGGCUGGGGCUCAGGGUGGGGAUAGCCUGCCAUCACUGCUCUGGACCCCAGGGUCUCCCCAAACGCUCCCACUCCCCUCCAGGCCUUCCUGUAGCCAUGCGGCUGCUGUGCAGAAGCUGGUGUGCGGGGCGCCUGGGCCUCUAGGCCCCUCAGAGCCCGGGGCUGGUGUCCCAGAUGUCACAGAGAACCUGGGGGGCAGGCAGGCCCCCUGGGCUGGGGGUCCAGGUCUCAGCCUGGCCGGGCCCAGUCAUUGCCAGGGCUUAACCUCAGACCCCUGACCCCACGGCCACCUCUAGCCACACAAAGGCCUUGCUUUAAACAGCUUUAUUGAGACGUAACCGACCUAAAAUAAGUUGCACACAGUCCAAGCGUACAGUCGAAUGCCUUUGGAUGUUGUCUACACGGGACAGCCUCUGGCCGCUGCCAGUGUCCUCCUGCUCACAAGGCUCGCACACCUCCACGGCCCACCCCCGAAGCCCCAGCUCGCCCUGCCUCCCCAGGCACCCUCAGCCAUGUGGCUGCACCCUCGGGCUGGAGGAGAUGCCCCUGGGAAGUCCUGGCUCCAGAGAGAGACUGGGCAACAAGCCACCCUGGUCUGCCCAGGGCCAAGGCUGCCACUGACCUUGGAUCUGAGCUGGGCACCCCCAAAUUGCUCAGAGGUGGCCACCCUUGACCUGACGGGGCAAGGGGAAUGACCUACGGGCCUGCUAACCCCCGUGCGUGCCAUGCGGGAUGCAGUCUGGGGCCUCCCCAGGCACCUGGCUCCCCGGAUCUGGGGCAAGAGCGGGUACUAGGUGCACAGUGAGGAGGCUGGGGCCCAUCCUGCUGCUUUAGGGCAGGACCACGGACAGGUCACGGUCCAGUCUGGGGUCCCUUCUGCGGUGACGUGAAGAUGACCUGGCCUGCUGGCACAGUGCCAGGUGGCGAGCACAUGAGCCACUAGGGAGAGCCUUGGGGCAUGGGCUGCCAUCCAAGUGCUCAGAGGGGACCCACGACAGGACACGGAAUUCCAGGGCACCCCAGACAAGCCCGCAGUCCCCGGAGCAGCCGCGUGCCUCAAAAUCGAGCCCUGGAUGGCCUCUGCCUGGAGCUCUGUUCGUCCUAACCAGUGGAGGGGCUCAGGCCGGGGUGUGGGAGGCACUCCAGGCUUCCCUCUUGAGGCAGAGGCGUGAUCGCCACACAGAAACCCCGACUGCCUUUGCACGCGUACUCCACACAUGUUCAGUGCAUCAAAUAGCCCCAGUGAGCCUGUGCCUGCAGCCGCAAGGUUGGGCCGUGCCCUGGGGUCCGGCCCCUCAAACAGCACUGGACAAGCACCCAGAGAAUGGGGAGGACCAGGAGCCUGGGCCUGAGUCCUGCACCACCCCCCAACCUGAGCCCCUGUGCACCUGAGCACCCAGUGAUGCACCCUCCUGCUGUCUUUUUAGGGCCUAUCUGUGGGGAGCUGACUGGUCCCAACCACUGACCUCUGCCAUGCCCCGGGCCCCAUCCCACCAUCCAGGGAGGAGGCCUGAGGGGAGCCGAUCAUCCCAGGAGCAGGGGCGCUGGGUUGAGGGAGCUUUGGGGGCUCUUAGUGUUUGGAGACAAGCCUGUGGCACCAGGAGGACACAGGCCUUUCCUUGUCCCCGACAGAGCAGGCUAGGACCAUGGUCACUGUUGCUGAAGACACAUGUGGCCUCCACCCCUAUGAGAUUUAUUUUUCCAGUUGGG